GAUUGCAGGUGAAGCUUGGACAAACAAGACUGCGAAGUCCGGCGACGGUGCAGCAAGUGUGGCAGCCUUCAUUGCAAAGAGACGGCGAUGCGCACAACGCAGAGGGAGAUGCUGUAGGAGCAGGGUGCAGUGAACAUAUCAGACAGUCCUCGGAGUUGAGCCAGUAUAUGCCACCUUUCCCUGUCCUUCUCGGGAUGGAUACCAGACCGUCCCCACCUACUACCUCCAUGAUGGUGCGCCCGUCCCCACUGUGGCGGCUGGCCGAGAGGAGGAGCAGGAAGGCUGGCUCCGGGAACAUUUUCAGUGAUGUGAAUCUGUGGCAGCUCCAGAGACUUUUCAAGGCAGCGGGGGACCAGGAUGCUGAACAGAGGGCCCAGCUGGUUUGGGGCCAUGGAGAUGAGGCUGAACUGGCUCAGGCUUUGAUAGGACUGAGGGCCCGUAGUCACAGGAGAGGGCUGAGGAAUAAUGGGAGGGAUGCUCUAGGCUCACACUGGCUACGAGCGUUCAAUCAUCUCAGGAUUGGGGAGAGCUCGCCAGGCAGCCAGGGGAAGGACCCCGGAGAGGAGAGUGACUCUGAGGAAGGAGCACAAAGCAGUGCAGAUGCACACCAACACACAGGAACAACAGGAAGAGGUUCAGGGGCCACAGCGGUACUUACAGAGAGCCAGAGCCCUGCAGGGACGUCUGAGAGACCAGUUAGAACCAGCUCAGGACUGCGGAGAGGAGGAGACAAUAACCCAGAGAGAUACCUCCACAGAAUACUCCAUUGAUUUCACCCAGACCUCAGAAACGGGAGAGCUAGGUUGGAUUAACACAAUAAGCUUGACUAACACUUUUUUACAGUCGCACGUGAAACUGCAUUGUAUGUUUCACAUAAUGCCAUAAUGUCUGAUCAUUUUAAUGGCAUUGAUCAGAUGAUCAUAUACUGGCACUACACUGUUUGUUGCAGACACACAUCCACCAGAUCUGCCUAUAAUCAAGGCAGCACAAACCUCUGACUAGCUCUUGGUAUCUCAACUUUAUGUUGUGGUUGCCUCUCAAGAACUGCCUUAAGCAUUUUCCUAAAUUCAUUCCACCUCUUGCGCUAAACACUGAUAAAUAUGGACAGUGAGGUGACUUUAAAUAGUUUUGUUUCACUGAUAUUAUAAUGUGUGAAUUACUUGAACUGGUCUGUCCAUGUCCUGUACUACAGAAAGCCGUAUGUGUAGAUAUACAUGUGUAAGAUGAAAUACUGUAUUUAUAUUAGCCUAAAAAGAUGUUAACUUCUUGAGUCUGUAUUCACAGUAUGGUAUUUUGCACUAUAAACACUAAAAAUGGGUAUGUUGGGUAUCAUGAGAUGUAGAAAUGCAAAACAAACAUACACGUUAUUCUGACUCCACAUGUAACAGUUGUGCCGUGAAUUGAAGUGGUUGUAAUUGUAAUUUUUGUUUUGUAAUUGAAAGUGUCAGUGUCAAGUCUGCCUAGACACCAGAAAUGAUUAAUAAUAACUUCAGGGCCAAACCCUCACUGUGCAGGGAAUGAGUAAAUUAAUAUCAUAUUAAAAUGUUCAUGGUAACAGUGUGAAAACCUGCUGUGCCUAUGAAAGACUGUAUGUCACCAACCUUAUCAGAUUGCUGUAAAAUUUUUGAUACUGUUUGUGUGUUUUUGUUAGAUUUAUGGUAAUAAAUAAAAGUGAGUCUUUGUACUGUC